AUGAAGACUAUUGACUGGUCUAAAAAUAGUGAAUUCUCACAAGAGUUGAGGCCACAUGAAGAUUCUUCAUAUGGGCUGGACCCAGUCCACGAUAGGCCCAUAUUUCUGGUAUCAUCACCAGCUCCGUCGCCGUUCGAGGAGUUGACUGCAAGAGGCACUACAGCUUUACUCCUCCAGUUCGCCGCCACUGCCACAAACCCCACCCGUGAAAUCAUGGUGUUUGUAAACGGAAGCACUGAUUCAAUAACCAUCUUUGAAGGCUCCGACGAUGUCGAAUCGAUUAUCGGAGAAAUCCCAGAAAAGGGAGUGUUAAUAUCCGUAUCAAAAGCUUCGAUAGAAUCCCUACCCGUGGUCCGAAUUACAGAACCGGGUUUGGAGUGCCAGAUUUGUUUAUCGGAAUUUGAAGUUAACGCGGAACUCAAACAAAUGCCGUGUAGCCAUAAAUUCCAUUCUGAUUGUAUCAACAAGUGGUUGGGGAUCCGGGGUCAUGUCCGUUUUGUCGGUACAAGAUGCCGGAGGAGGAGAAAAAGGAAGAAACUAAGAGUGACGAUGAAACGAGAAGAGCAGUCUGGGUUUCUUAACAAAUAUGCACUACCUGACACUACUACCAUCAGCCUGUGUCCUCUUCCUUUUGAAAAUAAGCUAAGUCACAUAUCUUCUUCACCACCUGCAGUUGAUAUAGUUCAACCAAGGUCUUCUCUUGUUACAGGUUCCUUCAGUAGGGACCUAAGUCUUGAAGCUGAUGUAAGUGAAAGCAAUGCUGGCAAUACUGGGGCUGAUCCUGAGGUUGAUCAAACAGUGCCGAUGAACCUGGUGAAUCAGAUGGAAACAACACAGUUGCUGUCUAUGGUAUCAUCACCAGCUCCGCCGCCGUUCGAGGAGUUGACUGCAAGAGGCACUACAGCUUUACUCCUCCAGUUCGCCGCCACUGCCACAAACCCCACCCGUGAAAUCAUGGUGUUCGUAAACGGAAGCACUGAUUCAAUAACCAUCUUUGAAGGCUCCGAUGAUGUCGAAUCGAUUAUCGGAGAAAUCCCAGAAAAGGGAGUGUUAAUAUCCGCAUCAAAAUCUUCGAUAGAAUCCCUGCCCGUGGUCCGAAUUACAGAACUGGGUUUGGAGUGCUAG